AUGUCUGGACGUGGUAAAGGCGGAAAAGGUUUAGGCAAAGGAGGCGCAAAGCGACACAGAAAAAUCUUGCGCGAUAACAUUCAGGGCAUUACCAAGCCAGCUAUAAGACGCUUAGCAAGGAGAGGUGGUGUGAAGAGGAUAUCAGGCCUCAUUUACGAAGAAACUCGCGGAGUUCUCAAAGUCUUCCUAGAGAACGUGAUCCGAGACGCCGUAACCUACACCGAACACGCCAAACGUAAAACUGUCACCGCUAUGGACGUUGUAUACGCUCUGAAACGACAAGGGCGCACAUUGUACGGAUUCGGCGGCUGA